AAUUUCGACCGACUGUCCAAAUAAAUUCUGUUCGUAUUUAAAAAAAAAGUUAGAUAAAAAUUGUUUUAUUCAUUAGAACCAUCCAUAAGUACUUAUAUAAAUGAUAAAAUUUCGAGAAAAACCUGAGCUGCCAAAAAUUGAUGACGGAAGAUUGAUAGAAUGUGUCAAAAGACACGACUUUCUUUACAAUACUAAAAGUAUGGAUUACAGAAAUCUUUCGUUAAGGCAAAAGAUAUGGUCUGAUAUUGCAGUCGAGUUAGAUCUUUACAACACAAAUUUUGUUCAAAAACGAUGGAAGGUCUUAAGAGAAAAGUACUCAGUUGCUUAUCGAAAGUACUGUCUGGAUGGAACUAUACCUACCUGGAUUUAUUAUGAAAGUUGUAAUUUUCUUGAACCUCACGUGUCUUUAAAAGCCGAUAAAAAGCUGGUUAAAGAUCUUUUUUUAAUUGAGAAACCAAUAUCAGUAAGAAAAAAAGCUCAAUUAGAUGAGAACUUAUUAAUAGAGCUGAUGAAAGAAAGACCUGCAUUAUACGAUAGACAACAUGAAGAUUUUAGAGUUUCUAGUGUAAGAAAAGAGGCAUGGAUGGAAAUAGCAAACAUAGCAGGACUAGAUGUAAUUACUGUUCAGAAACGAUGGAGAGUAAUGCGAGAUCGCUUUGUACGAGAACUCCGUCGUACAAAGAAAAUUGAAGGAGAAGCACAAAUAGAAUGUUCAUCUUUCUUCCGUGAUAUGCUUUUUCUAGUUCGUCAUGUGAAAGCAAAAACUUAUGAAGCAGCCUUAGAAGGAGAUGCUUCAGAUGCUUUAGGAGAUACCUCAAUGGAUGGAUGGGAUGAUAACGUUGUCGCCUAUGGAAUCGAAGAAAGUGAAGAUAACAAAGAUAUUUUUGCAGCAGACGAAAGAGAACAAGAUGCUUUCGAAGGGAGCAGUCAAAUGUCAACUGAUUAUUAUUAUGAAGAAAUUAUUGAAGAUGGAACAGCUGAAUCUCUUCCGGAAACAGCAGCAGAAGAAGCUACAGAAUCAGUAAAAUUUUCAGAAACAAAUAUAUUUAAAGAUAUCGUAAGAACAACUGACAAAAGCGAAGAAAGUCGUAAGCGCAAAUUAUCUGAAGACAAAUCUGAAGAUACAGAGCAACCAAAAGCAAAACGGGAAAUAGUAAAAUUAUCUAAAUCAACAAACACUCAUGGGAAUCAGCCCCUAUUUGAGGAUGAUGAGGACGCUGCAUUUUGUCGAACAUUAAUUAACUUCCUUCGAAAAUUUCCACCCCACAUAAAAUCAUCCAUUGAACUUGAAAUACUUCAAACCGCCAUGGAUCGAUUCAACCAAUUGAAUUAGAGAAAUAAUUUCUAAUUGAUAUUUGUCUAAGUUUUAAGGUAUAUACCUAAAUAAACUAGAAGUAACUUUAUUUUAUAUUAUUAUUUUUUUUCAAUAAAUUAAAAGUUCGUGAAUACCACUCAAUUCCUGCUCGAUCCUAGCUAGGUAGCCGUUACG